AUGUCUGACACCGGCCGUAAAGAUUUCACAACUAAGGCAAAGGAGGAGCUCACUCCUGAUUCCACCAAGUCCACCCAGGAGCAGGUCAAGGAGACUGUCACCGAUGCCGGCGAUCGUGUUGCUCGUGGCCUCCAGACCGAUGAGAGCAAGGGUGCUGGCCAGGAGGCUUUCGAUAAGACCCAACGUGCCAGUGACAACCACGCCCAUGGCGGUGCCACCAGUUCCAUUGGUGACAAGGUCAAGAAUGCUCUCGGACUCGGAGGCAACUAG